AUGUCCCUCACCCACAAAGCCGCCUUUUACAACAAGGUCGACGGCAAGGCCGACAUCCAAUCGCGUCCCAACCCUCUGCCGGAGAAGGGCCAAGUCUCCGUCGAGAUCACAGCCACCUCGCUCAACCCUGUGGACUGGAAGAUCCGCGCAGGCGCUUUCCCCUUCACGCUCCCCGCCGUAAUCGGCGGCGAUGCAGCCGGGGUGGUCCACUCGGUGGGCAAGGGAGUAAAGAACUUUAAGAAGGGGGACCGAGUCUUCUUCCAAGGUUACCUAGGAGAGAACGAUGCGAGCACCUUCCAGGGCAAGGCCGUUCUGGAUGAGAAGCACAUUUCGCAUACUCCGUCCAACGUCAGUGAUGCCGAGGCGUCGGGCAUCCAGCUGGCCAGUAUGGUCGCCGUCGUCGGCCUCUAUCACGAGAGUGGAGCCCUCGCUCUUCGCCCGUGCCCAUGGGAGGAAGGAGGAGACAAGGCUGGCGAGGGAAAGGCCAUCGUUGUACUGGGGGGAAGCUCCAGCGUAGGACAAUACGUCAUCCAACUGUGCCGCCUCUCCGGCUUCAGCAAGAUCAUCACCACCUCCUCGUCCACGCACUCCUCUCACCUCCAAUCCCUCGGCGCCCACACAGUCCUAGACCGCAAUACGGCCACUCCCGACCAGUUCAUCGAAGCCGCAGCCGGUAUCCCCUUGGUCGCCGUGUACGACUCCAUCGGGUCGGACGAGACGUACAAGCUCGGUGUAGGUCUUCUCCAAGAAGCCAACAAGGAAGGUCAGGGCCAAGGUGCCAGCCAUUACAUCUCCGUUAUCCCCGGUACGGAGAGUCAAAACUUCACAAACCCAGACGUAACGGUACGAGCGGUGAUGGGUUUCAAUAAACAUCCGGACCAUGAGGGUAUUUGCCCGCCUUUCAUUGCUGCGAUUAGUGGAGAGGACGGGUGGGUUGGUAAGGGGCUUUACAAGCCGAAUAGGAUGGAGAAGAUUGAGGGGGGACUGAAGGGGUUGGAUGAGGGCUUGGACAGGCUUAAGGAGGGGGUGAGCGGGGUCAAGCUUUGGUUGGACCCGAGGGAGACGUAG